AUGGAAAGUGACUAUAAUAUUGUUAUCAAACCUAAUUUAGCACCAGCAUCAUUUGCACAAGCUCGCAUUUGGCUUGACGAAAGAAUUCGAUUCGAUCCAGACAAGCCUCAAACAGCAAUCUAUAAUAUGCCUUUUGUUUAUCGUCUCCAACCAGGUCAUACUUUAUCAGUUAAACAACUUCAUCAUGCUCUUUAUCUUGCUGUUAAUAAACAUCCCUCACUUCACACAUCACUUCAUUUUGACAUCGACAAGAAUCUACUUAUGCAACGAGUUAUUACUCAUGAAGAUAAAAACAACACUAAUAAUAUGUUUUCAAUCAUCGAAACUACUUAUGAAACAGAUGAACAAUUAAAUGAGAUUUUACACGAUGAGAAACGUAAUCCUCAUCUUUUUGAUCUUACGCAAGGUCUUGUAUUUCGAUGUCAUAUUAUUUAUUACAAAUCAGUCUCUUCAAAUUACCUUCGUUCUCACAAAGAUCUCAUUAUUUUCAACUUUCAUCAUGCUUUGUUUGACUUCCCAUCGAUGGGAGUGUUUCAUCAUGAUCUUAAUCAAGCAUAUACAACAGGUCAAUUAUUAUAUGAUGACAACAUUCUUCUACGUUAUCUCGAUUAUGCUGUCAUUGAACAACAAAUGUCAAUGAAUGGUGCAAGCAUGUUUUGGCUUGAUAUUCUCCAUGAGUGUAAACUUGAUCAGCCUUUAUCAUUACCAUAUGACCGAUAUCGUCUCUCAAAUGAACAUCGAACUGGUCGUGGAACAUCUAUUUCAUUUGACUUUGGUCAAGAUCUCUCACACGACCUUCUUAUUCAUGCAUCAUCAAAUAAUAUAUCACUGGAAUAUCUUGCACUUGCUACUUAUUAUGUGUUUUUAUUCAAAUUAACGAAUGGAGAAAAAGAUUUAUGCAUUGGAAUAAAUACACAUGGUCGAUAUCGAGAUGAACUUAACUCUAUCAUUGGAAUGUUUGUGAAUGCUAUACCUUUACGAUGUCAACUCGAUCCUCAUUUAUCAUUUGAUCAAAUUACUAAGCACGUUGAACAUAAUAUGAUAAAUUGUAUUAAAUAUUCAUAUUUUCCACUUCAACGUAUUCUCAACCAACAUCCAAAUAUAUCAAAUCCUGUAUUUCUUGAUACAUCAUUUGACUUUGUAUCAUCUAUGAGAAGAGAUGAAGAGAAUGAAAUAAUGAUCGGUGAUAGUCGACUUUCUUUACUACCUUAUUCGAUUAAUAUUAGUGAUGAUGAAAUAAUGAGUAAAUUUGAUUUCAUUCUUAGCUUUCAACAUGAUCUAAAUCUAAGUGAAUUCUCAUGUACCAUUAAUGCAUCACUUGAUUUAUUUAAUGCUGAAACAAUUUGUAUAGUUGCACAAAGAUUACAGGCAAUGUUACAUCAACAAUUCACAACUUUCGACUGUACAACAAACAAAUCUAUUUAUGAAAUAUCAUUAAUAUUAUCAAAUGAACAAUAUCUAAUGCAAUCAUUGAAUAAUACACAAAUAUCAUUUCCAACUCCUGUCAGUUGUAUUCAUCAUGAAUUUGUGUAUCAAGUAAUGAAACAUCCACAAAAA